GAAGAGAGAGAGAGAGAGGACACUCAUGCACUUACAAGCAGACACCCACACACACACUUUCUCACCCGACACCCACACAUUUUUUCUCACAUAUACGCUGCAUGCACAUCGGAGCACCUGCGUUGUAGUCACUCUCCGUGGAUCUGAUCAGGCGGACUAGUGGUGUCAAGAUGUCUUUCUUCAACUGGCUGUUGGCUCUGUCUCUGACAGCACUAACAGGAAGCUCUUUUGGUGCUGUUGCAGUUGAGGGAACUGAGAGGAACUGCUCCCAGUCCCCACCAUACCUUCCGAGCACAGCAGUAAAUACCACUCUUCGGCUGCAAGACUUACGAAAGGGAAUGCUUGCCCUGAAAAUCUCUGCCUACAUUAUCCCCGGCACUGACGCUCACCUGAGUGAGUAUAUCGCAACACGUGAUGCAAGGGUGGCUUUCAUGAGCGGCUUUACAGGCUCUGCAGGCACAGCAGUAGUUACUCAGACCAAGGCCGCUCUGUGGACAGACAGCCGCUACUGGGUUCAAGCCGAGAGACAGAUGGACUGCAACUGGGAGCUGGAAAAAGAUGUGUCCAUCAGCAGUAUAGCAGAGUGGCUCAUCUCUGAGGUUCCACCUGGCGGCGAGAUUGGCUUUGAUCCCUUUGUCUUCUCCCUCAACACUCAGGAGAGCUACAACAUCAAUCUGGAAUCAAGCAAUCGCAGCCUCAAGUCCAUCCCUGUUAACCUGGUCGACCAAGUGUGGAAGGACAGACCGCCCAUCCCACCUGACAGCCUCACCCGCCUGCCCGACAGAGUCAUACAAAGAACCUGGCAGAUGAAAGUGGAGCUCAUACGGAAUCAGAUAAGGGACAAUCCAUACGAACCAACAGCUCUUCUGCUAUCAGCGCUGGAUGAAACAGCCUGGCUGUUCAAUAUGCGCGGCAACGACAUCCCAUACAAUCCCUUCUUCUACUCCUACACACUGCUCACAAUGGAUGAGAUCUGGCUCUUCCUCCACACGGACAGAGUGACAAAUGAACUGAAGGACUACCUGAACACCUCUUGUGUCGGGCCCCUUUGUGUUCAGCUAAAAAGCUACGACACUGUCCUCGAUCAUGUGAGGCAGUAUGUGGCCCAGCCUGGUGUUAAAGUGUGGAUCGGCACAGAGUACACAAACUAUGCACUUUAUGAGGUCAUUAAACCAGAGGACAAGCUAACAACAAGCUCCUACUCUCCCGUGCUGACGACUAAAGCAGUGAAAGAUGAGACCGAGCAGCGAAUCUUGAGGGAGGCACACGUGAGGGAUGCAGUCGCAGUCAUCCAGCUGCUAAUGUGGCUGGAGAAGGCGGUGCCACAGGGGAAGGAGACUGAGCUGACGGCUUCAGAAUAUGUAAAUAUGUGUCGUAGCAAACAGAAAGACAGCAGAGGCCCAAGUUUUGAGACUAUCUCUGCAAGCGGCCCCAAUGCUGCUCUUGCCCAUUACAGUCCAACAGAAGAAGCAAAGCGGAGAUUGACAGUUGAUGAGAUGUACCUGGUGGACUCCGGUGGCCAGUAUCUAGAUGGGACCACUGACAUCACUCGGACUGUUCACUGGGGAAACCCCACAGAACUGCAAAGGGAGGCCUUCACUCGAGUGCUCAUGGGAAACAUUGAGAUAUCUCGAACCAUUUUUCCCUCAGGGACAAGAGGUGCAAACAUGGAGAUGUUAGGUCGCCGGGCAUUAUGGGAGGUGGGCCUGAAUUAUGGCCACGGCACAGGUCAUGGUGUUGGAAACUACUUUGGAGUUCAUGAGUGGCCAGUUGGCUUUCAGAGCAACAACAUUCCCUUCAGAUCAGGCAUGUUCACAUCUAUAGAACCUGGAUACUACAAGGAUAAUGACUUUGGGAUCCGGAUAGAAGACGUUGCUGUGAUUGUACCUGCACAAACAAAGCAUGCCAAUAACUACCUGACCUUUGACACUGUGUCGCUGGUUCCAUAUGAUAGGAAGCUGAUUGACACCUCUCUCCUCAGCUCAGAACAGCUUCAGUGGCUGAAUAAAUACUAUGAGACUAUUCGGAGGCUGAUGGGUCCUGAGCUGGACAAGCAGGGACUACGUGAGGAAAAGGACUGGAUGCUUAAAAACACAGAGCCCUUCAUGGAGUCUGGGUCCUCCGCGUCCAUCUGUUCCUCCUCGCUGACCAUCAUGGCUCUGGUCAUUGCUCUCUUCCACAACAUCAUCUGAGCACCGUCAUCUCUCUUACACUCACUCCGUUCACAGCUGACUUGCACAUUAACGUUAACCCUAUGCAGUCUACACUGAGCAGCUAUACCAACUUGAGGGAUGCACUGUAAUUUAGAUUUUUUUUUAAUUGAAGGAUAUAUAUUUGUUUAAUGAUUCACUGGCUGAUACUGUGGUGUUCAAAGUUUAAAAAUGAUCUUUUGUGUGAUUUUUUGAUGUUUUAGCUUUUUUGUUUGUUUGUUUGUUUGUUUGUUCUAAUCUGGACAUUUGACCAGCUGAUAUAAUUUCUAUUUUAUUAAAGUAAUACUCCUUAAAACAGAGGCGUCAACUUGCAUCAUGAAUGUGGUGAUUUUGUGAUUUGACGAAACCAUAAAAGA